GAUCUACUUUCAAUAUUGGGUUGAUAGUGACCUUAAAAUCACCACAGAUCCUGACAGACCCAUCCUUCUUGGCUAAAGAGGACCACUGACAUUGCUCAUGGGCUCCACUUAACCUUGGAAAGAAUUCCUUCAGUAUCCGUAUGUUCUAGCCCACGGACUUCUUUAUCACAGAUGUCUUGAUUUCUUCGGGAUCUGAUUUUAAUAUCAUGGGAACCGAACAGAGCACAUAUCACGAUCAUAAGCAACCAGAAUGUCAUGCUUCAGCAACAAAUUCUCCAGCGAAACAAAGAGCCAAAAUGGAUGACAUCGUAGUUGUUGCUACAGGGACACAUCCGCCAGCUAGAACCACAUGGAAUGAUCCAGAUGUUAUUAAAUUGCAUGAAAUUCCGACCUUUCAACCUCUGCUCAAAGGGUUAUUAACUGGUCAGACUACAGCCAGCAACAGUAAAUUGGAGAAGCUAGAUUCGCAGCAAGUACUGAAGCUCUGUUUACGCUACCAGGAUCAUCUGCAUCAGUGUGCUGAGGCAGUCGCUUUUGAUCAAAAUGCCCUUGUUAAACGAAUCAAAGAGAUGGACCUCUCUGUUGAAGCCUUGUAUAGCGUUAUGCAAGAGCGACAGAAACGGUACGCUAAAUAUGCUGAACAAAUACAGAAGGUUAAUGAGAUGUCAGCCAUACUGCGCCGCAUACAGAUGGGCAUAGAUCAAACCGUCCCAUUAAUGGAGAAACUUAAUAGCUUAUUACCAGAAAACGAAAGACUUGAACCUUUCUGCAUGAGAGCUGAUAAAGAUAUAAAAUACCAGUAGCCAAUGAAAUCUGCAACUCCACUCUCCGAACUCUGCUGGAUUUGUGCAGAUACCUACAAUUUAGAUAUUAAAUCAGCUGAACCAUCAUGCAUUUCCAGGUAUACUGAGCAUUAAUUGUAAUGUACUCUUCUCCCAGAAUUGUCUGCACAGGGAAAAUAACACUUGGAAUUCCAGUGUACCAGCUUUUAAAUGUUGCUGGUGUGAACAAUGUUGUCUGUUAUUGCAAGUUGUGCUUUAUUCAGAAAGAUUUUCAGAGACUUAAGCUGACUAGGGAUAAACAUUUGCAUCAUUUUUUUCACCACUACAGUUAGUAUUGCAGUUGGCACUAUUAAAUUAGUUGAAAUUAAUAUUCUCUUUAAUUUUCCCCAAGGCUUCACCACUUAAAAGUGUGUUUACUGAUGUUUCUCAUCACAUAUCGAUUAUACAUUCUGUGUGUACGUGUGUUUGUGUGUGUAAUUUUUUUUUCAUCUACUCUGGGAAUACCUCAGGAACUUGAAUAUUGCAAAUUAGUUGAGAUGUAGAUCUGAAAGAACAAGUGACGGCUAUUCCCAGAGAUAGUUUUUGUUAUUUCAAGUUUGAUCAUAGGUUCUUGUUUUGUGAAAAUUUGGAAUAAUUUGCAACUAAAGUGCACUAACAGGUAAUUUUCCAGUUUGCAAGAGCAUCCAAAUAUGCUAAAUGGGUUUUGCAGUUUAUUGUAAAUUAAGAUGUGCAGUAAUUUUAGUAGAAACAAGAGGAUAGAUAAGAUCAGCAAUUUUAUCUGUCUCAAUACUUAAAACAUUUUAGUAUUAAACAAAUAUUAAAAUGCAUUGCUUAUGCUACAUAUUGCUAAUAUUUAUUACAGUUUUGUGUGGAACUUUGACAAAUCUCAUCUGUAAUGACUGAUAGCGGAGCCUCAUUGUAAUUGCAGCUCCUAGUUUUAUAAGAAUUCUGAAGGUAAAUGAAACUGCAUUCAACUGUAAAUAACAUUCCUUUAAAUUGCAUAUGGCUACUUAGCAUUUAUAUUUUUAAAUUUCUGGUUCUUAGUUCAAUGAUCAACAAGAAAUAUCACAUUUCAACAUUUCUCAUUUUGUGUAAAAUACUCUAUUUGUAUGGAGAUAGAAUUAAGGAUUUUUUUAACGUUUGGAAUUUUUGUGAUCUCUGACGAGAAAGAACACUUACACAAUAGUGAACUUCAGUUCUGGAAUAAAGAUUACAUUUAUCAGGUACAACAAAAUUACUCAUCUCAAAAAUUAGGACUUGAAAGGGAAAGUAAUCAAAUACUAGACAAGCGUUCUAUGUAGAAAUGAUGGAUACCAUGCAUUUCAGUGUUUAAACAUUAAAAUUGGACAGCUUGCCAUGUUUCAUUUUUACCUUCAGGUAUCACACAUUUUAACAGUUGUAGAGGAAAACUGCAAGAAUUGUCCUGCAGCUUAUUUUUUGUAUCGUUGAAUGUCUAUUGUCUCUGCAUUUGAUUUCUUAUGUUCUUUAGCUGUGGAGGGAUUUUAUUAUUUUUCUCUAUAUAGUAUAUUUUGUGCGUUGUACAUUUUCAAACAUUUAAAGAAAACAGCUUGAGCAGUUUUUCUCA